UUGUUAAAAAAAAAAAAGAAAAACUAAAAACCCUAUUACUCAGCCACCGUCUCUUAAAAGAAAAAACCCUAACCACAUUGAUUGCUUUGCCCAUCCAAUGGACUGAUUUUAUUUUCCUUUCUCUGUUUUCCUUUGGUUUCGAUGGCACUGUGUCUUCAACAUGGCGGCCUUUUCUUUCCCAAGUUUAAAUCCUCACCCAAUAAAAGAAAAACUGUUUUGGCGCGCACUUUCAACGGUCAUGAGUCUUCUCCUUCCUCUUCCAAUGGCUCUCUUUCCGUAAGACAGAAGAAAACUGUCCCAGGGAAGCCAGAGGCUGAUGUUGUUGUGAUUGAGAGUGGUAUUGGGGGGCUGUGCUGUGCAGGACUUCUAGCUAGAUACCAGCAGGACGUCCUUGUACUGGAAAGUCAUGACCAACCUGAGGGAGCUGCUCAUGCUUUUGAGAUUAAAGGCUACAAAUUUGAUUCUGGGCCAUUGUUGUUCUCUGGUUUGCAAUUAAGAGGUCCUCAAGCUAAUCCCCUUGCUCAGGUUCUAGAUGCUUUAGGUGAGUCAGUUCCGCGUGCAAAGUAUGACUCCUGGAUGGUUUAUAUACCUGAAUGUGAAUUCCUUUUAAGGACUGGCCCAACUGAAUUUUACGAGGACCUAGAGAAGAAUGUAAGCCGGAAUGCUGUUCAAAAAUGGAAAAAACUCCUUGUGGGUACCAUUUGUUAGACUUAUAACUGUCAACAUUUAAGACUUACAUCCAAGACUAACUGUUAUUUCUAUGGCUUCUGGUUCAAAGAACCGACACCAAGCCAAAAGUUUGACUUAUCAUUGUUAAUCCUCUUUCUGAUAAAGUUAAUCUCUUUAGGUCACCAAUAUCCUUUUAUCAAACUGUAACUCUCUAAAGAACUUCCUCCAAUCUUGAUUGUUGAUAAAUGAUAACCUAUCAG